AUGUAUCAUCUCCUCAAAGGGUUCUACGAAUAUUUCACUAGAAAGGAGGAGUUCUCGGUGAUUAUCCUUGGCCUUGAUGGCGCUGGCAAGACAACAUUGCUGGAGAAGAUCAAGACCCUAUACAGUGACACUCCAGGCCUUCCUUCGGACAAGAUCGCGCCGACAGUCGGUCAGAACAUGGGUAAGAUAACGUUACCGUCUACCAUCCUGCAGUUCUGGGACCUGGGCGGUCAAAGGGGUAUUCGCUCCAUAUGGCACCGUUACUACGAUGAUUGCCAUGCUGUCGUCUUCGUCCUGGACGCCCAGGACCGAGAGAGAUUGGGCGAAGGCUGGGAAGUAUUCGACAACGUCCUUUCAAAUCCCAAGAUCCUCGGUGUUCCGUUGCUGCUGCUCGCGAACAAGCAGGACAGCCCGCACAGCCUCUCCGUCGAAGAGAUCCGCAAUGACUACGAAGAAUGGUAUCGGAGUAAACAGGAUGCGGCUCGUCGGAGGUAUGGGGAUGAGAUUGAGUUAGAACACCGCAGAGACCGGAUGGCGAGUCUCGAUGUAAUGGGCAUAUCCGCACUGGAAGGGACCGGCGUCCGAGCAGCGGUGGACUGGCUGUUCAUCGAGUACAGAAUAGUUGCCGAAGGUGAGUAG